AUGCUUUUCUGUCAAGCGUCUGCUUGCCACGCGGGCGCACGUACGGCGCUGCGCGCGCGGAGACGCUUCCACGCGAGCUUCUCAUCGCUCUCGCCGGCGUCUGGAGAUCCUGUUUGGCGUCAGCUGCCGGGGGCGCCAGCCGGCGUCUCGGCGGUCGCGCGGCUUCCCGCAGGAGGGGCGAGUGUCUCCGCGACCACCGCCGGCGCCCCAGAGAGCAGCCCCAGCCAUCGCCGCAAUCCGCACGAGACCGGCGGGGGCGCGCCUGCGGGCGCCGUUUCCUACGAGACACUCGCAGGAAUCCCCUGGAUGAGCCGCGGACGACUGUGCAGCGUCGUGGAGGCGGUGACUGAGCGCGGGCCGUACGACGUGGCAACGUGGAACAAGCUGCUUUGCCGCGCGGCGGCGAUAAGCGCCUCUCUGUCCGCGCAGGACAUCGGACGGCUGGUCGUCUCCAUGGCGAAGGUAAAGUAUUUCCAUCCGGGGCUGCUGCGGAAACUCGCCCGCUUGGCGCAGCAGCGCAUCGAGGAGGCGGACGCGCUCGCAUGCUCAGGGAUUCUCUACAGCUACAGCUCGCUCAACUGCUACGACCCCGCUCUCUUCCAGGCGGUGUGUAGUCGCCUCAAGAAACGCGAGGUGAUGAGGGGCUGUCAGCUCUUUCCUCUCUCCUUGGCUCUGUCGGCCUGCGUGCGUGAGAAGAUCGUGGAUGAGGAAUUUUUUCUGGCGGCCGGUGAGCGGCUCUCGGAGCUCUUGCCAGGCUGCAAGCUCAGCGACCACCAGAGCGUCGCCCUCAUUCUCAACGGGCUUGCGAGACUCUUCAACCUUCAGCAGCAAGCAAAGUUCUCGCGUGCCGGCGCUCCUGCGCAGGACGCGAGCGGAGAGGACACGCCGUCUGCCGCGGCCUCCGCUGCAGCACAGCUGGAUCUAAAAGAUCUUCUUUGGAAGAUUUCUUCGUCGCUGCCCCCUCUGUUGCCGGCGAUGAACCUUCAGUCUCUCACCGUGGUGCUCAACGCGCUCUCGCGGCUCAGGUCGCUCUGCGCCGUUCCACCGGAAGUGAUUGCGCUCACGUGCGACGCGCUUGCGCCUCGCGCCCACAAGCUGACUGCGCUUCAAGCUGUGAUAGUUCUCAACGCGCUCGCGAAGCUGAGACUUGGCGGACAGACGGAGCUUGUUGAGGCCGUCCUUGGACAACUCCGAGAGCGCGCGCACCACUUGCCCCCGCAGGCUGUUUGUCUGACUAUCAAGGCACUCUCGGCGUUGCGUUUGAAAGAUCGGAGACUCGAGGAGGAGCUAGAGAGACAAGUCUGCUUAACCUUUCACCACUUCUCGACAGCUGAAGUGGCCAUGCUCAAGGCUGCGUGCUGGCGAUGGCCGCACGUCCCUGCCAGCUUGGAGAACUUUCUGAAUGAGGAGAGCGGCGAAGCGCCCGACGCGGAGGCGAUGUCACCGGAGGCUGAUAGACCGCCGCUGUAG